AUGGUUUUGCUUCUACAAUACCUUGGUCUCACUGCCAUACUUCUGUUUUGUUACUAUCUCCUGAGAAGGUCUCAAUCUAGGAAGGCCAGAGCAGCACCAGAAGCUGGUGAUUCGUGGCCUAUUAUAGGUCACCUACACUUAUUAGCUGGACGUGAGCUUCCCCACAAAGUAUUAGCAGCCUUAGCUGAUAAAUAUGGACCUAUCUUCACCAUCAGGAUUGGGAUAUACCCAGCUUUGGUAGUCAGUAGCUGGGAGUUGGCUAAGGAACUAUUCACAGUCAACGACCCUACUGUAUCCUCCCGCCCCAAACUCACGGGGGCGAAGCUUCUAGGCUACAAUUAUGCCAAUUUUGGAUUCUCCCCUUAUGGCGAGUACUGGCGAGAAAUGCGCAAAAUAACAGCCUUAGAGCUACUCUCUAACCGGAAGCUUGAGCUACUAAAACAUAUUAGAGCCUCUGAAGUAGAGGGCUCAAUAAAAGAUUUGUACAAGUUUUGGACAAAGGACAAAGAUGAGAGAAACCAAGUUAAGGUUGAAAUGAAGAGAUUCUUUAAUGACAUAAAUAUGAAUGUAAUUCUCAGGAUGGUUGCAGGAAAGAGGUACUUUGGUGCUAUUGCUGGGGCUGAUGUGAAAGUGGCAGAGCGAUUUCAAAAGGCAAUGAGGCAGUUCUUUCAGUUGGCAGGAGUAUUUGUAUUAAGGGAUGCUCUUCCAUUUCUUGGAUGGUUGGAUUUUGGUGGAUAUGAGAAAUCCAUGAAAAGAACUGCCAAAGAAUUUGACAGUAUUGUUGGAGAAUGGUUAGAGGAACAUUACAGGAAGAGAAACACUAACGGAGAGCAAGACUUCAUGGAUAUUUUGCUGUCUGUUCUUGAUGGUGUUGAUCUUGCCUGUUAUGAUGCUGAUACAGUUAGGAAAGCCACAGCCAUGACUCUUAUUGCAGGAGGCACCGAUACCACAACCGUAACUGUCACAUGGGGGCUAGCACUAUUGUUGAACCAUCCAAUUGCACUGAAAAAGGCCCAAGAAGAAAUAGACAUUCAAGUUGGAAAAGAAAGAUUAGUGAAUGAAGCAGACAUGAGCAAGCUUGUAUAUCUUCAGGCAAUAGUGAAGGAGAUGAUGAGGUUGUAUCCAGCCGGGCCACUCUCAGGGCAACGAGAAUUCACCCAAGCUUGCACCAUAGGUGGUUUCCAUGUCCCAAAAGGUACUCGUCUUAUUCUUAAUAUUUACAAGAUCCAUAGAGAUCCAAGGGUUUGGUCAAACCCAAAGGAAUUUGAACCAGAGAGAUUUCUGAACACACACAAGGACAUUGAUGUCAAGGGUCAGAAUUUUGAGCUUAUUCCAUUUGGUGCUGGUAGAAGGGCAUGCCCUGGAAUGAAUUUUGGCAUCUUAAUGAGUCAAUUAUUGCUAGCAAGUUUACUGCAGGCAUUUGAGAUCUCAGCUCCAUUAAAUGCACCUGUUGACAUGACAGAAUCUGCUGGAUUAACAAACAGCAAAGCCGCCCCUCUUGGAGUUCUAGUCAAACCUCGCUUACCUGCUCAUCUCUAUGAAUAGAAAUAUUAUAGAAUCCUAAUUUAAUGCUUUGUAUGUUGAAAUCAUACGGGCUAAAGCGUAAAGCUAAGAAUUUGAUAUGUUAUGUUUGGUUUGCUGGACAUGUAUAUAUUUCCCUUUUUGCCUAUUUUCUUUGAUAAGAAGAGGGAAAAUUGUAUAGUAGAAUGAUAAUCUAAUAAAAAUAAAAACACCUCAAGUAGAUGAUUAUGGCGAUUGAA